AUGCCCGACGGAUCGGAGACUGUCGAGAGUGGUCCGUCCACUGAGCUUGACACGGCCCCUGUGGUCGCUGCCGAUGGCGACGAGAAAUGCGCGUCGAAGCGCGCAAUGCGAAGGGAGAAGCGGCGCGUGCAGUGGGAAGAGCGCAAGAUCGAGAAGAAGCUCAAGCGUCAGAGACAGCAGCGCGACAAGCUGACCAGUGGACUCGUAGCGCUGCCAAAGGCGCUCGACAUGAGCGACGAGGCUGUGCUUCGCCGCAAGGAACGCACAAUGGCCAAGCGGGAGAACCAUUUGAUGGCUGCCGAGGAGGGGAUCAACGUGGUCAUUGACUGCGAGUUUGAGGAAAAGCUGACGGAAAAGGAGAAGAAAAGUCUGUCGCAGCAGAUCAUGUUUUCAUAUGGAGUCAAUCGUCGCAGCAGGGCGCCGAUGAGCGUAUACAUCACUUCUCUGCACGGUGACAUCCGAAAGAAUCUGGAGAAGAUUGUUGGGUUUCACGAGUGGCAGGCGUUUGCAGGGUUGUCCGAGAGCUACAUGGACCUGUUCAAGAAAGAGUCACUCGUCUACCUCACCGCUGACUCUCCUACGGUCAUCACGAAGCUGCGACGCGACAAGGUUUAUAUCAUUGGUGGCAUCGUGGAUCGCAACCGCUUGAAGGGGAUCACAUACCAAAAAGCGGUCGCGCAAGGCAUUGAGACGGCAAAACUUCCUCUUGAUGCCGUCGUCGAAAUGGGUGCUGCCACGCGUGUGCUUACCGUCAACCACGUUUUUGAGAUUCUAGCGCAGUUCUCAGAAGUGAACGAUUGGGCGCAAGCUACGCUUGCAACGCUUCCGUCCCGCAAGAAGGCCCAAUUGAAGAAGGACGAAGUGGCUGGGUUGUAG